CAUGCCCAGGCUAACACUGAAUGGCAUCACAGUGGAUUUCCCUUUCCAGCCCUACCCUUGUCAGAAGGUCUACAUGGAAAAGGUGCUGGAGUGCCUGCAGAAGAAGGUAAAUGGCAUUUUGGAGAGUCCCACAGGGACAGGCAAGACCCUCUGCCUGCUGUGUUCCACGCUGGCUUGGCGAGAGCACUUCAGAGACUCCAUCUCAGCCAGGAAGAUCGCGCAGCGGCUGGGUGGGGGGGAGCUGUUCCCUGACAGACCUCUGUCCUCCUGGGGCACUGCUGCCACUGAUGAGGAUGCCUCAACUUAUUACACUGAUGUUCCCAAAAUAAUCUAUGCCUCCAGAACUCACUCACAACUUACACAGGUCAUUAAUGAACUGAAGAACACAGUCUACAGGCCAAAAAUCUGUGUUUUGGGUUCCAGAGAACAGCUUUGCAUCAAUCCUGAAGUGAAGAGGCUGGAGAGCAACCACAUGCAGAUCUACAUGUGCAGGACCAAAGUGAUGAGUCGUGCCUGUCACUUCUACAACAACGUGGAAGAGAAGAGUACAGAUAAAGAACUGAUGAAAUCAAUCAUGGAUAUUGAAGACUUGGUUAAAAAUGGAAGCAAGCACAGAGCUUGUCCUUACUACCUCUCUCGGAACCUGAAGCAGCAGGCAGAUGUCAUUUUCAUGCCUUACAACUAUUUGCUAGACUCAAAGAGCCGUAAAUCACACAACUUAGACCUGAAGGGGACUGUGGUGAUCCUUGAUGAAGCUCACAAUGUGGAGAAAUUGUGUGAGGAGUCAGCAUCUUUUGACUUGACCCCCUAUGACCUGGCUUCAGCAGUGGAUGCUCUCAGUGUUGUGCUGGAAGACCAAGCCAAAGUUGUGCAGCAGAAUGAAAUCAAUGCUGAGUUCAACAUGGACUUGGCCACUUCAGGGCUGGACAUGGAGCUUGAAGAUAUAGCAAAGAUCAAGAAAAUUCUUCUGCAGCUGGAAAGUGCCAUUGAUGCAGUGGAGCUGUCACCUGAUGACACUGGAAUCACCAAAGAGGGAAGUUACAUCUUUGAUCUGUUUGCACAAGCCCAAAUCACAUUCCAGACUAAAUCCUCACUCUUGGAGUCUCUGGAGCAGAUCCUACAGUACCUCUCAAGUCGUACUGGGCUGUUUGUCAAUACAUCUGGAUUGCACAAGCUCUCAGAUAUUAUCCAGACAGUGUUCAGCAUUGAUCCCCCAGAAGGCAUAACAGGUUUCAAGCCACAUCAGUUGAUAUCCAAAUACUACAAGGUCCACAUUCACCUGGGUAACAGCAGUGAGAAAAAGAAAGAGAGGACAGAUCUCUGGACUUCAUCUGCAAAAAAAGAAGGAAAGACCUUGAGCUAUUGGUGCUUCAGCCCUGGGUACAGCAUGCAGGAGCUGGUUCACCAGGGGGUCAGGUCCAUCAUCCUCACCAGUGGGACUCUCUCCCCCCUCUCCUCAUUCACAAUGGAGAUGCAGAUCCCUUUUCCUGUUUGUUUGGAGAAUCCUCACGUUAUCAGCAAACACCAGCUCUGGGUUGGGAUCAUUCCUAAGGGACCUGAUGGAACUGAGCUUGCUUCUAACUAUGAAAGAAGGUUUUCAGAGGAUUAUUUAUCUUCUCUGGGGAAAACAGUUGGUAACCUGGUGCGAGUUGUCCCACAUGGCAUGCUGGUCUUCUUCCCAUCCUAUCCUGUCAUGGAUAAGAGCCUGGAAUACUGGAGAGAGCAUGAUCUUGCUAAAAGAAUAGAAGAAGUGAAGCCCAUGUUUGUGGAACCCAGGAACAAAGGAAGCUUUGCAGAGGUGAUGGAUGCCUACUAUGAUAAAAUUGUCUGUCCUAAGUCCACUGGAGCUACUUUCUUGGCAGUGUGUCGAGGGAAGGCCAGUGAAGGCUUGGACUUUGCAGACGUCACUGGGCGAGGAGUUGUCAUCACUGGGCUUCCCUUUCCCCCUCGGAUGGAGCCCAGAGUUGUGCUGAAGAUGCAGUUCCUGGAUGAAAUGAGAAGUAGUGCUGCAGGUGCACAGUGUUUGUCUGGCUGGGAGUGGUACAACCAGCAGGCUUCCCGUGCUGUCAACCAGGCCAUCGGCAGGGUGAUCAGGCAUCGCCAGGACUAUGGUGCCAUCUUCCUCUGUGACCAGAGGUUCACAACUGGUGGUAUAAGAGGCAAGCUGCCCUCCUGGGUCCGGCCCUAUGUGAACGUCUAUGAGAACUUCGGGCACGCGGUCCGGAGCGUCUCUUCCUUCUUCCGUGUUGCUCAGGAAACUAUGCCCCCACCCCUGCUACAGCGUCCCUCCAGCUCUGCUGAUUCACUGGACGAGAGCAGCACAGAACCAUCCACUUCAUCUGAGCAGAUCCUCUCCCUGCAGAAAGCCAAAAACCUGGAUGACCAUGUUCCCAGUUUGAAGAGGAGAAAAAAGGUAAAUGGAGAUGAAGCAUCCAGCCUGUGCAUGGAGUAUGAAGAAGAACUCUUCUCACCUAGAAGGAAGUGUGUUGGGCUCUUGGAUGCCUUGGAGCACAAUGAGAAGAGCAGUGAAGAUGCAGACGAAGGAGAUGACUUGCCAGGAGAGGAGGAGGCACAACUUCUAUCAAGAGAGGAGCAGAAAGGAGGAAGGAAGAAGAUCAAGCUUGUCAGCAAUGCACAAGCCCAGAGGACCCCAGAGCGGAGUGACCCCAAGACCCGAGCUGCCUUCUACAUUGCUGCAGUGAAGGAGACCCUCAGCCAACAGAACUUUCGGUUCUUCUCUAGGGUUCUUCAGAACUACAAGGUGACAAAUGACUUUGAUGCCAUGCUGGCUCAGCUGGCCUCUCUCUUUGCAGAGGAUGCAAGCAGGCAUUCCUUGUUACGAGAUUUUUACCAGUUUGUUCGACCUCAACACAAAAAGCAGUUUGAUGAAGCCUGUUGCAGUCUGACUGGACUGGGUUGUGGCUACAAACCUGAGCACAGCCUCCUGCAUCAAGAAGAGAGGGAGAUGUUAGCCAAGGAAGGAGCCUGUGGUGAUUCCACCCAAAGGGAACCCAGGGAGGAGAGAGCUGCAUUCUCAAAGGACUCCUGUGCCCACCUGAAUCCUGGGCUCCACAUGAACCAAGGCCAGUCCCACUUGGCAACAGGGCUGCAGAGUGCAGGAAGAAGAUGCAGGAGGAGGAGAACUGCAUUCUCAAAGGACUCCUGUGCCCACCUGAAUCCUGGGCUCCACAUGAACCAAGGCCAGUCCCACUUGGCAACAGGGCUGCAGAGUGCAGGGCAGAGUGCUGCUGGAGCUCCCAAAGACACUGAGAAAGCUUCAAGCUCGAGGAGAGAUCACCAGGAGGGGCUCAGCUCUGCAUAUCUCAGUGAGGUGAAAAGGGCUUUGCCCCCAGGCAGCUACAGCCAGUUCUGGGAAGCCUUGCUGGCUUACAAGACGACAGACAACUAUGAUGCCAUGGUGCCAGUGAUCGUAGCCCUCACCACGGAGAGGCCAGAGGACUUUCAUCUCCUACGAAGGUUUGGCAUGUUCGUGCGUCCUCACCACAAGGAGAGCUUCAGACAGCUGUGCAGAGACCUGGCUGGCAUGGACUGUGCGGAGGAGAAGCAGUGCCAGCAGGACCUGCAAGGUGAAGGCAGUGCUCAGAGCUCAGAGAGCUGGGGCUUGAAAAGAGCCACUUGCAAGGCUGGGAAUGAAGAUUGGUCUGAGAAGUAGAAUCUUAUUUAUUAUGCUACUGGCUGGUGUCCAGCAGCCUCAGCUGGGAGCCAUGACCUGCCUGCACUAGAGCAAAGCAACUGCCCCUGCCCAAACUGUGUUCAAAACCAAACAGGUGCAAGAGAAAAGGGAAUGGGAGAUGAGAAGUGCAAGGAAACAGGAAAUAAGUCAAAGUCCUGCCUGUGUUACGGGGAAGGGCAGAGCUCUUGCUUCUGAGAGGGAUGGGAGCAAGGGUGGAUCAAGAUCCACUUUGUCCAGGAAGAAUUCCCCCAGAACUAUUAAAAUAGUUCCCUUUCAGUGUUUGAAAGCACUGUUCUGUUCUGUUGCCAAGCACUGUGGCAUUACAAACAAUUCUUAAGCUGUGUUUUGAUUCUUGUACAAUAAAAAAC